AUCCCUAACCCUAACCGCCUGACUUUAAGAAUGGGUAUUUAUAUGAAGUCUCUUCAUUUCAUUUGAAGCAAAGGCGUAAACCCAAACUCGACCCAAAUAUCCGAACCGGAACCGGCUUAGGGUUUAUAGUUGUGUAAGAGCCGAAUUGUGUCUCCCUUGUUUCUGUUUUUCCAAAUAUCUCUUUCAAUAUCAAAUCAGUGUUAGACAUGUCCCAGGAUGCAGGGAUGUUUGUGGUUCCACAAACCAUUGGGAGUGUUUUGUGCUGCAAAUGUGGUGUGCCGAUGGUACCAAAUGCUGCCAAUAUGUGCGUCACAUGUUUGCGUUCUGAAGUUGACAUCACAGAAGGCUUACAGAAGAAGGUGGACCUUAAGCAUUGCCCCGAGUGUGAUUGCUACUUGCAACCUCCAAAAACUUGGAUAAAAGCCCAAUUAGAAUCUAAGGAGCUGUUGACUAUUUGUGUGAAGAGACUCAAGAAUCUGAAUGGAGCUAGGUUAAUACAUGCUGAAUUUAUAUGGACUGAACCUCAUUCCAAGAGAAUCAAGGUCAAGCUGACGGUUCAGAAGGAAGUUCUUAAUGGAGCGAUUCUUGAACAAUCUUAUGUUGUUGAGUAUCAUCAGCAAGAUCAAAUGUGUGAAUCUUGUACAAGGGUUGCGGCCAACCCUGAUCAAUGGGUUGCGGCUGUACAGCUACGACAACAUGUCUCUCACAGGCGAACUUUUUUCUUUUUGGAGCAGCUUAUUCUGAAACAUGAUGCUGCUACACGAGCUAUUAAAAUAAAGCAAAUGGAUUAGGGAAUUGAUUUUUUCUUUGGUAAUAGAAGUCAUGCUGUUAAAUUUGUUGAAUUUGUGGGAAAAGUUGCUCCAGUAAGGAGCCGCCACGACAAACAACUUGUUUCCCAUGAUGCUAAGAGCAACAACUACAAUUAUAAGUAUACUUUCUCAGUUGAGAUCAGUCCCAUUUGUCGCGAGGAUUUGAUCUGUCUGCCUCCAAAAGUUGCUGUUAGUUUGGGGAAUCUUGGUCCUCUGGUUAUCUGCACAAAAGUGACAAAUAGCAUUGCUCUACUUGAUCCGAUUACUCUGAGGCAUUGUUUCUUGGAUGCUGAUCAGUAUUGGAGAUCGUCCUUUAAAUCUUUGCUCACUAGCCGACAGCUUGUGGAAUAUAUUGUUUUAGAUGUAGAGCCUGUCUCUUCUGAAGUUAAUGUUGGUGGCUCAAAGUGUGUUUUGGCUGAUGCCCAAGUAGCUCGUUUAUCAGAUUUUGGGAAGAAUGAUACCAUUUUUUCCAUAAGAACACAUCUAGGCCAUCUUUUGAACCCAGGGGACUAUGCUCUCGGUUAUGACCUCUAUGGGGCUAACAACAAUGAUAUUGAACUGGACAAAUACAAAGGUCUUGUACUACCGGAGACAAUUUUGAUAAAGAAGAGCUAUGAAGAGAAGCGCCAGAGAAAGCGUGGCAAGCCUCGUCCUUGGAAGCUCAAGUCCCUGGACAUGGAAGUGGAUAACAGUAGAGGUAGAGGUGACCAAGAGAAGGCAAACAACGAGUAUGAAGAGUUCUUGAGAGAUUUGGAAGAGAAUCCUGAGUUGAGAUUCAAUAUGUCAUUGUAUCGUAAUAGAGAUUACCAACCAUCAGAGAUGGCAUCUGUAACUGAUGGUGGGGAUGUUCCUUCUGUUCCUCUGGAAGAACUUCUUGCUGAUCUCGACUUAAGUGAUGAGGAAAUGGGGGAUGAUGGUAUGAGAGAGUGACCUCUAAGUUAAUUUGCAUCAUUGGAGAGUUCUUAUUUAUAUAUUUUGUAACUUUUGAAUGAAGUUUCUGGUUUUAAAUUUAUGAAGGAGAACAUAAAAUUCAUGUCU